AUGGCACGCAUCCUCGAAUGGCUACUGCACGAGACGAGCCUCUACACCCUCCUCACCCACGCCACCCGCGACACAUACCUCAUCCUCGUCUCUCGUUUCCUCCGCAUGUUCGCGUAUGGCGGCGUCGCCCUCGUCCUCGCCAUCUUCCUCCGCAUCGCAGGCCUCAGCUGGACGCAGGUGGGCAGUUUCAUGUCCAUUGCCCUGCUCGGCGAUGCGGCCAUCAGCUACUUCUUCACGCUGAAAGCGGAUGUGAUUGGAAGGCGGCGCGUGCUGAUGAUUGGAUCUUCGUUGAUGAUUUUCUCGGGAACCGUAUUUGCUUUUACGAAGAACUAUUGGCUUUUGCUGUUUGCUGCGGUGAUUGGGGUGAUUACGCCGGGGGCUCAUGAAGUCGGCCCCUUUCGUGCGGUGCAGGAAUCUACUCUUGCACACCUAACCAAGCCCGAGGCGCGGACGGGCAUCUACGCCUGGUUUGCCGUCUCCUCGACCCUCGGCAUGGCCACUGGUCUUUUCGUUGCGGGCUGGCUUACUUACUUCCAACGGGAGUGGCUUGGCUACGAAUGGACAGACACUUACCCGGCGAUCUUCGGAAUGUAUGCCGUUAUCGGCCUGAUCAAAACCGGUCUGACGCUGUUGCUGUCAGAUCGCUGUGAGGCUGACUAUCGGCCUGGGCGUGUGCGUGCCAAUCUCGAAGAGCAGGAGAACAGCUCGCGGCCAUUGCUCAACGCAAGUAAUCGCGGCCGGCUAUCGUAUACGAAGAGCUCGGAGGUGAGGGAGAGAGUGCGGCGGAUCGGAAGCAGCGUUACGACGAAGCUGUCGCCCGAGAGCAAGCGAACCCUUCUGCGGCUAGGCGCGCUAUUCGCCAUCAAUUCUUUCGCGUCGGGCAUGCUGCCGGUCACGCUGAUGUCGUUUUACGUCAACUGGCGGACUCGCAGGUAUUUCAUCAGUCACGUGGGCUAUGCCAUGUCGGUAGUCUGGCUGGCUGCGAGCGUCGGCGUGCUCUUUUCCGCCGCGGUGGCGAAGCGUCUGGGAUUGGUGAAGACGAUGGUGCUCAUGCAUUUGCCGAAUGCCAUCUUCCUGGCUUUCAUCCCGCUGGCGCCUACCUUCUGGAUCAUGAUCAGCUUGCUCUUUGCCAGUGCUGCGUGCGGAAGCAUGGAUCAAGCACCGAGAAUGGCGUUUGUGGCCGCCGUCUUUCCACCCGAAGAGCGCACAGCCGUCAUGGGGACGAUCAACCUUAUUCGCACCGUUGCUUCAGCUGGAGGCCCGCUGCUCAGCGGCUUUCUCUGGGAGAAGAAGAUGUGGUGGGUGACGUUCGUGCUUUCGGCGUCGCUAAAGGUCCUGUACGACGUGGGAUUGUUGGUGAUGUUUGUCAAUACCAAGCUGCCCGAGCAAGAAGGUCGGCCGGGCGAAUUCACGGUGGCAGACGUGGAUGUGGGGAUUCUCCUGAGUGAGAAUUUGGCGCAUCCGGAGGAAUUUGGACCGCUGGAUGAUGAGGAUGAAUACGGAGAAGAAGAGGAAGCCAACGCGCGCAACCGGGACGGGAAAGGGAUGUAUGAAGAUGUGGCGUAG